AUGUCCCUUCGUCAAGCGUGUUCCGUGUUGGUCGGCAUUACCGUCAUCGUGUUGACAUCACCCUUAACGCCACUGGCCAGCUCUGAAGUUUGCCUGACGUCACUUGUAAGCUGUCAACCCGGCUGGCAGCCCUGGGGACGAGGGUGUUACAACGUCACCACGGCCAAGCUCCAGUAUUCGGAGGCCGUAGCACAUUGCGUGAACCGUGGCGCCCGCAUGGCAGCAGCUCGAUCCCACGAGGAGAAGGAGUUCAUUCAAGCCCUGCUUGUUCGGAAGGUCCCGGGUGUCAAGGCAUCAUGGGUAAACUGCCGGUCGACUCCUCGUGAAGGUGGUGCUCACCGAUUCGAAUGCGAUGGGGAUGAGGUAAGUGGGCUGGGCGAGUACUACCGUAACUGGGCAGAUGGGGAACCGAACGGAAAUGCAGCCGAUCUCGCGCUCGGUCCGCGCCGGGUGCCAGAACUUCUCAAAGACCGAAUGGUUCCCUCCAGCGUUAGGAGAGCUUAA